UCUACACAGGACAAAGCCAAUGAUUAACCAAAUCUCCUGCAGAUUUAAAUGGGAUGGGAACUAGGAGUGGAGGCAAUCCUUUCUUUCAGCCGGAGUGCUCCUCAUGAGCCAGCCCUACCCUUAGAAAAGAUGUUUUCCAUGAGGAUCGUCUGCCUGGUCCUAAGUGUGGUGGGCACAGGAUGGACUGCAGAUACUGGUGAAGGUGACUUUCUAGCUGAAGGAGGAGGCGUGCGUGGCCCAAGGGUUGUGGAAAGGCAUCAAUCUGCCUGCAAAGAUUCAGACUGGCCCUUCUGCUCUGAUGAAGACUGGAACUACAAAUGCCCUUCCGGCUGCAGGAUGAAAGGGUUGAUUGAUGAAGUCAAUCAAGAUUUUACAAACAGAAUAAAUAAGCUCAAAAAUUCACUAUUUGACUAUCAGAAGAACAAUAAGGAUUCUAACUCAGUGACCACUAAUAUAAUGGAAAUUUUGAGAGGUGAUCUUGUCUCAUCCAAUAACCGUGAUAAUACCUAUAACCGAGUGUCUGAAGAUCUGAGAAGCAGAAUUGAAGUCCUGAAGCGCAAAGUCAUAGAAAAAGUACAGCAUAUCCAACUUCUGCAGCAAAAUGUUAGGGCUCAGUUGGUUGAUAUGAAAAGACUGGAGGUGGACAUUGACAUUAAGAUCCGAUCUUGUCGAGGGUCAUGCAGUAGGGCUUUAGCUCGUGAAGUAGAUCUGAAGGACUAUGAAGAUCAGCAGAAGCAACUUGAACAGGUCAUUGCCAAAGACUUACUUCCCUCUAGAGAUAGGCAACACUUACCACUGAUAAAAAUGAACCCAGUUCCAGACUUGUUUCCCCCAAAUUUCAAGAGCCAGCUUCAGAAGGCACCCCCAGAGUUGAAGGCAUUAACAGACAUGCAGCAGAUGAGAAUGGAGUUAGAGAGACCUGGUGGAAAUGAGGUUACCCGAGUAGACUCCUCUCAUGGAACAGGAUCAAAGACAGAAAGCCCCAGGAAACCUAGCAGUGCUGGAAGCUGGAACCCUGGGAGCUCUGGACCUGGGGAUACUGGAACCUGGAACCCUGGGAGCUCUGGAACUGGAAGUACUGGAACCUGGAACCCUGGGAGCUCUGGAACUGGAAGUACUGGAACCUGGAACCCUGGGAGCUCUGGACCUGGAAGUACUGGAAACCAAGACACUGGGAGCCCUAGACCUGGUAGUACUGGAACCUGGAAUCCUGGCAGCUCUGGACAUGGAAGUGCUGGGCACUGGAGUUCUGAGAGCUCUGUAUCUAGUAGUACUGGACAUUGGCACUCUGGAUCUGGAAGUUUUAGGCCAGAUAGCUCAGGCUCUGGGAACACCAGGCCUACCAACCCAGACUGGGGCACUUUUGAAGAGGUGCCAGGAAAUGUAAGUCCAGGGACAAACAGAGAGUACCACACAGAUAAACUGGUCACUUCUAAAGGAGACAAAGAGCUUGUGGUUGGUAAAGAGAAGGUCACCUCUGGUAGCACAACCACCACACGUCGUUCAUGCUCUAAAACCGUUACUAAGACUGUUAUUGGUCCUGAUGGUCAAAAAGAAGUUACCAAAGAAGUGGUGACCUCCGAAGAUGGUUCUGACUGUCCCGAGGCAAUAGAUUUAGGCAUAGGUACUCUGGAUGAGUUCCGCCAUAGGCACCCUGAUGCAGCUGCCUUCUUUGACACUGCCUCAACUGGAAAAACAUUUCCAGGUUUCUUUUCACCUAUGUUCAGAGAGUUUGGCAGUGAGGCUGAGUCAAUGGGUUCAGAAUCUGGUACCUUCACAAAUACAAAGGAAACCAGUUCUCAUCACUCUGGGGUAGCUGAAUUCCCUUCCAGUGGUAAAACUUCAAGUCACAGCAAACAAUUUAUUAGUAGCACAGCUUACAACAGAGAAGGCUCCACAUUUGAAAGCAAGAGUUAUAAAAUGGCAGAUGAGGCCGGAAGUGAAGCCGAUCAUGAAGGAACACAUUCCACCAAGAGAGGCCAUGCUAAAUCUCGCUCUUCCAGAGACUGUGAUGAUGUCCUCCAAACACAUCCUUCAGGUACCCACAGUGGCAUUUUCAAUAUCAAGCUACCCGGAUCCAGUAAGAUUUUUUCUGUUUAUUGUGAUCAAGAGACCAGUUUGGGAGGAUGGCUUUUGAUCCAGCAAAGAAUGGAUGGAUCACUGAAUUUUAACCGGACCUGGCAAGACUACAAGAGAGGUUUCGGCAGCCUGAAUGACAAGGGGGAAGGAGAAUUCUGGCUAGGCAAUGACUACCUCCACUUACUAACCCAGAGGGGCUCUGUUCUUAGGGUUGAAUUAGAGGACUGGGCUGGGAACGAAGCUUAUGCAGAAUAUUACUUCCGGGUAGGCUCUGAGGCCGAAGGCUAUGCCCUCCAGGUCUCCUCCUAUGAAGGCACUGCAGGCGAUGCUCUGAUUGAAGGUUCCGUAGAGGAAGGGACAGAGUACACCUCUCACAACAGCAUGCAGUUCAGCACCUUUGACAGGGAUGCAGACCAGUGGGAAGAGAACUGUGCAGAAGUCUAUGGGGGAGGCUGGUGGUAUAACAACUGCCAAGCAGCCAAUCUCAAUGGCAUCUACUACCCUGGAGGCUCCUAUGACCCGAGGAAUAACAGUCCUUAUGAGAUUGAGAACGGAGUAGUCUGGGUUUCCUUUAGAGGGGCAGAUUAUUCCCUCAGGGCUGUUCGCAUGAAAAUUAGGCCCCUUGUGACCCAAUAGACUAAAGGAGUGGGAGUGGGAGCACUCUGGCUUCUUUGCUAGAAAAGUGGAGAGGAAAUAAGAAAGGUAAAGCGUUGAGAUUCUCUACAAUCUAAAAAAUUCCUAGGUGCUAUUUUCUUAUCCUUUGUACUGUAGCUAAAUGUACCUGAGACAUAUUAGUCUUUGAAAAAUAAAGUUAUAUAAGUUUUUUUAUCUUUAAA